GUCCCCGAAGAACCCCCAGCAGAAGAUCAUCAAGAGGGUCAUUGGCCUGGAGGGAGACUUCAUCAGGACUCUGAGCUACAAGAACCGAUACGUCCGCGUUCCCGAUGGUCACUUCUGGAUCGAGGGGGAUCAUCACGGCCACAGUCUGGACAGCAACAGCUUCGGACCGGUGUCAGUCGGGCUGCUUCACGGCCGAGCGUCUCACAUCAUCUGGCCGCCACAACGCUGGCAGGAAAUCAAACCGUCCCUCCCCCCAAACAGAGGACUGCUGGACACUGAGGAAGAAGAGGGAUGAAGACACACACACACAUUUUUACACUCAUUCAUCUGUUAUGAUGCAUCUGUUUGCUGAAGCGUUGAAUAAGACGAGAGCUGCAUCAGAAUUCGUUCUCCUACACACGUUGUGUUUUUGUUUCUGAAUAAUGUUAAAUUCAGGAGGAAACAGAUUCUCUCUGGAUCAUUGAGCCGAACGUUGAUUUCUCAUCGAUCAGAACACGGCGACUUUAACCUGUGACAUUUACACAUCCAGUUUUUUAAGUCACAUCUACAUUGAGAGCUGAAGUCGGAUCCAGAGCAGGAGAAGAUUAUUUGAUUAAUCGAUUCACAGGAAUUAUCUGAAAAAUCUGCUGUUUUGAUGAGUUAAUGGAUGAAUUUGCAUAAUCUCUGUUUUAUGUCACUGAAACCUGAGUUUUCCUUUUUAUUUGGUUCAUGGAUGAAUAAAACAAGACAUUUCACAUUUGAUCAAACAAAAUGUGAAUUGAUUAAUUAAGGAAUCAAAUCAAUUAGCAUGUGAAUUGUUUCAGUGUCUGUGCCACAUGAGUCUCAGUGAAGAUUUGAGUUUUUUCAAAGUGAAAAUAUUCCUGCUGUUCGUUGUUCAUAUUCAAAAUAAAUGAGUCCUUGAUAGAAGUUUUACACUCUGAUGAUUUUAAAAAAGUUCAGUCCUGCUUCAUUUGA